UGUUUUAAGGUGAAAUUUAAUAUUUUUGGUAUGAUUCGCCAAUGGUAGGCCUGAUUCUCGUCUGCAAUCCAAAUAUUACACAAAAGAGCAACCCAUUGUUCUCAACCCAGGUCCACAAGAUGGCAGAGUAACUCAGACCAACUGUUAGAUGACAGUACAAAAACUGGGUGGAUUUAAUGUAGCUCAAUACCCAAGUUGGCCAUUAGGAGGAGGCGAAACUGGCGCGAGCUCCCUGAUUCACUGGAACACAAGCUGACAGACAAAUAUCACUAACGCCCAUUAAGAGGCAAUAGGAAAUGAAUCGAGUCGUGAAAUUAGUUGCCUCUCCAUCCCACUGAGAGAAGAGACCUCCCUGCUACACCAGCAGCCCCUCUGUCGCACUUUGGAAUUUAUCCGCAUUUCUCUCGUUCCCCCGGCUUUGUUCUGCAUUUAGAUACAUUAUCUCCCUUAGCAUCGUCGAAAUGGCAACGCGAAUUGACAAAGAGGCUUGCAGAGAAGCGUACAAUCUGGUGAGAGACGACAACUCUGAUAUAUGCUGGGCAUCUUUUAAGUAUGAUGGCUCUACCAUUCUACCAGGUGGUCACGGGUCCGACUACGAAGAAUUCAAGAAUCAGUGUACAGAUGACAACCGUCUCUUCGGGUUUGUAAGGAUCACAACGGGUGAUGCCAUGAGCAAGCGUGCCAAAUUCACCCUCAUCACCUGGAUUGGCGAAAAUGUCAGCGGACUGCAAAGAGCCAAGAUUAGCACUGACAAGACACUGGUAAAAGACAUCGUGCAGAACUUUGCCAAGGAGUUCAUGAUAAGUGAUCCCAGAGAGCUGGAGGAGGACUAUCUCCGCACCGAGCUGAAGAAGGCCGGCGGGGCCAACUACGAUGCCCAGGCCGAAUAGAACUUGGGGGGUGGGUUUCCAUAGGGUUGGUGGAGAAGGAAGAGGAAAACGUCAUCUCAUACACACACACGCACACACAGACAUACACAUACACACAGACAAACAAACAUAAAUAUACAUACCUCACCCCUCUUGCCAGUCUGGCCAUGGUUGAUUUAUCUAUCUACUGUACUGUGCAUCAUCUCAAAGUCAUCUCUACUAGUGCUAUGAGGUUCUCUUUUUUUUUUUUUUUUUUUUUUUUUUUUCUUCAGGGGCAUUUUUGUAACUGUAGUUUCUGGCGACGCUUCUUUUGGCUCAGAGUUGUCAUCACUGUGAUGCGCUUCCAUAAUCAAUGGAGAGUCCAGCAUUGUUUUCUAAGGGGUUUAUUAUAAAUCUUCAUCUCCCUGUUGAAUAGACCACUGUGUUUACUGUCUCAAUCUCCCAUGGAGAGGAAGACAUCAUGGAAUGUGUGCAUUUGUGUAUGUGUGUGUUUGCAGACACUGCACUGUGACUGGCUAAUCUGCAUGCAGGGGGUGGAGUCUUAAAGGAUCUCGUAGCUCUGAUUGGCUGUUUUGCACUCUCCACCCGACCAAGGAGCAGUCGUUUCUCUAGUGUAGCCUUCAUUUUGGUUUAAAUUAAAAUACCCAAGAAUGUCAUUUUUCAUUUUCCUUUUUUAUUAAAAAGUAGGUUUUAUUUGCUUCAAAAACACAACCCGAGGUUUUUCCUUUAAAAUAAAAAUGCCUCCCGAGCCAAGAAAAGAAAUAAGAUGGUCACAAAAGCAAUCAUGUCAGAAUAAAAUUGUUUUUUUCAA